GGGGGUGCUAGUGCUGUUGCAGUGGUACCGUGCAAGCGCUGUUCGGGGCCUGAAGGACAGUAAGUUAGCCCACAUUGCUUAGCUUAGCCCUGCCCCAGUACCCAAGCCCAGGCCCUGUCCACAGGGAAGGGAAGGCGCGGUGCUGGCUUUACUGGGGGGCGGUCGGUCGGCCUGCCUCGCAUCCGUGAACCGGAGAAGGGAUUUUCCCCCCAAGCAGCUUGUGUACCGCCGAUAGCUUUCCUCUCACAAACCACAUCACGGGCUGUUUUUGGGAAUUUCUUCUUUCAAAACCAUCCUCCUGUUUCCUGCAUUUUGGUUGCCACGACACGUUGUAUUAUUACCGCCCUCUAUUUUGCACCUGGAUUGAUUUUCCGAGUCGCAUUUUCACUCGACUUCUAAACGCCUAGUCCCGCGAUUGCCGAACCGAAUUUCACCUUUCGCGCCUUUUGUCCCCUUGCCCACCACCACGCAAGGACACACUCGACGCCUACACCUCUUCUUUUUCGCCGCACGGGUCUGACGUGGAAGCGGUUCUCUUACCGUUUCUGACAUUCAACAAGCUGGCUACCGCAAACACAAACGUUUUUGGCGCGGCCUCCGACGCUGUGUCCAACAUGGCGCAACCCAAGGUCGAUCUCGUCGAGGACGAGGAAUAUGACUACGAAGGUCUUCCUCCCAACUUUUCUCUGCUCCAAAACAUGGCUGCUGGCGCUUUCGCCGGUAUUGCAGAACACACUGUCAUGUACCCAAUUGAUGCUAUUAAGACCAGAAUGCAGCUGUUAAACCCCAACACCACGGUGGCUUACAGCGGUGUCUUGCGCAAUACUUACCAGAUCGCCUCUACCGAAGGCUUCUUCAGUCUCUGGAGAGGAAUGUCGAGUGUUAUCGUCGGAGCUGGACCGGCACACGCCGUCUACUUUGCGACGUACGAGGCUGUCAAGCAUGCCAUGGGUGGAAACCAGGCUGGUGUUCACCACCCGUUAGCUGCUGCUACGAGUGGUGCCGCUGCUACUAUUGCCAGCGAUGCCUUCAUGAACCCCUUUGAUGUCAUCAAGCAGCGCAUGCAGAUUCAAGACUCGAGCCGAAUGUACAAGUCGAUGACGGACUGCGCAAGAUAUAUCUACAAGAACGAGGGUCUCGGCGCAUUCUACCUCUCGUACCCCACGACGCUUUCGAUGACAGUACCUUUUACUGCUCUCCAGUUCCUGGCGUACGAGUCCAUGUCGACCGCAAUGAACCCCAACAAAAAGUACGACCCUUUUACUCACUGCAUGGCCGGUGCCGUUGCUGGUGGUUUUGCCGCCGGUCUCACCACCCCCAUGGAUGUCAUCAAGACCAUCCUGCAGACAAAGGGCACUUCGUCGGAUCCCGAGAUCCGCAGCAUCAACAGCUUCAUGGGCGGCUGCCGCCUGCUGUACCAGCGUGAGGGCUUCCGUGGCUUCUUCAAGGGCGUCCGCCCUAGAAUUGUCACCACCAUGCCCAGCACGGCUAUUUGCUGGUCUGCCUACGAAUUCUCCAAGGCAUACUUUAUUCGACGAAACGACCUCUCCUAAAUAGGAGAGACAGAGUACGAAGGAAGCGAAGUGACUGAGUAGUAGGGCGCGUGUCAUUUCAUGAACCGCGAGAGACACGGGAGAGGCUAAUGUGUUUGGGUUGGAGUGUAAUGCUUGAAUCUGAGCGGGCAGGUUGAGGACGGCCGGAUCGAACCAUGUUCGGAUUUUGUGUUCUGAUACGAUGUAGUUCAUGUACAUUUUUCUUGUUUCAUUCAAAAAGCAAAAGGGCAGCAUACAGGACUUAGGGUUAGAUAUUUUCUGCAAUACUAUCGUUGCCAAUGGGCAAAAAACCAAUCUUGC